AUGGCGUUCGUCGUCUGGAAUGAGUGGUUUACUGUCCACCAACUGCAGCAUCAUAACGUUAUCCCUGUUGAGGAUCCUAAGCCGGUUAGGUGGGAGAAACCAGGAGUGGGAUGGAUAAAGUGUAAUGUUGAUGUUGCGUUUGUAGUUAGGUCCGGUGUUACUUCUAUGUGUAUUUGCUUUCGUGAUCCCAACGGGCAUUUUGUGGCUGACUUGACUCAAUGGCAGCAGCCUGUUUGUUCCAUAGUGGAAGACGAAGCAUUAGCACUCUUACAUGCUAUGAAAGAAGCUAUUCAUCAUGGAUUUGAGCGAGUUCAAUUUGAAAGUGACUCAAAGCUGAACAUUGUGGUUUUGAUGAUUGACAAAAGAAGUGUAAGAAUGACAAGGAUGCAAAAAGCGGAAAAGAGAAUCUAG